UGAGAGCAUCUGAACCGCCUCCUCUAACCGGGAGGACUGAGAGAGAGAAGAAAAACAUGGCGAACUUUCCUCUUUUCUGAAGAGCUGCUGAGUGCAUGACUUGAUCUCUGCAUCAACACGCGAUCUGAAUCUGAAGUCGCUUUAAUCGCGGAAGCCAGGCUGUUUCUCAUGGAUUCGGAGCGUGUGAAGUAUCAUGGGAUGAAAGUUUGAAACACUUGGAGACUACUAAAGUGGGACAGGAUGGAGAAACAAGGAACAAGACGCGAAAAGUUUGGUCUGUUUGGACCGCGAGCGCUGGGCAGGGCCGUGCACGCCGCCACCGCCGAUGGCCCGGGCCUCAGCAAGGCAGAGUUCAUGGAGAAGGUGCGGCAAAGCAACGAGGCCUGCCAGCUGGGAGACUUCCAGACGGCCGUGAAGCUGUACGGCGAGGCCCUGCGCGCCGACCCGCAGAACUGCAUCCUGUACAGCAACCGCUCAGCUGCCCACCUCAAACUGGGCCAGUACCAGACCGCCCUGGACGACGCCGUCAAAGCCCGCCUCCUUAAUCCUAAAUGGCCGAAGGCAUACUUCCGACAGGGUGUUGCCCUUCAGUACCUGGGGCGCCAUGCGGACGCCCUGGCCGCCUUCGCCUCAGGACUGGCGCAGGACCCCAAGAGCCUGCAGCUGCUGGUGGGAAUGGUGGAGGCCGCCAUGAAGUCCCCGCUAAGAGAAUCCCUGGAGCCGACCUACCAGCAGCUGCAGAAGAUGAAGCUGGACAAGAGUCCGUUUGUGGUGGUGUCUGUGAUUGGUCAGGAGCUGCUGACCGCGCAUCACGGCGCGUCUGUGGUGGUCCUGGAGGCGGCGCUGAAGAUCGGCACCUGCAGCCUCAAGCUUCGCGGCUCUGUUUUCUCUAGUCGCCUCAGCAGCGCUUACUGGUCAUUGGGCAACACGGAGAAGAGCACCGCCUACAUGCAACAAGACCUGGAGGUGGCCAAAACUUUAGGUGACCAGACGGGCGAAUGCCGCGCUCACGGGAACCUGGGGUCAGCCUUCUUCUCCAAGGGGAAUUACCGCGAGGCACUGAGCAACCACAGACACCAGCUCGUCCUGGCCAUGAAACUCAAGGACAGAGAGGCGGCGUCUUCAGCCCUCAGCAGCUUGGGUCACGUAUACACGGCCAUCGGCGACUAUCCCAAUGCCCUGGCCAGCCACAAGCAGUGCGUCCUGCUGGCCAAACAGUCCAAGGAUCAGCUCUCCGAGGCCCGGGAGCUGGGCAACAUGGGAGCCGUCUACAUCGCCAUGGGUGACUUCGAUAACGCCGUCCAGUGCCACGAACAGCACCUGAGCAUCGCCAAGAGCCUCGGCAACAAGCGCGAAGAGGCACGCGCCUACAGCAACCUGGGAAGUGCUUACCACUACCGCCGCAACUUUGACAAGGCCAUGUCCUACCACACGCACGUGCUGGAGCUCGCACAGGAACUCGAGGAGAAGAGCAUCGAAAUGAGGGCGUACGCGGGGCUGGGACACGCUGCCCGAUGCAUGCAGGAUCUGGAGAGAGCGAAGCAGUAUCACGAACAACAGCUCAGCAUCGCAGAAGGCCUGAAGGACCGCGCCGCCGAGGGCAGGGCUUCAUCGAACCUGGGAAUCAUUCACCAGAUGAAAGGGGACUACGAGACUGCUCUCAAGCUGCACAAGGCUCAUCUAUCCAUCGCCCAGGAGCUAAACGACUAUGCCGCCCAGGGAAGGGCAUAUGGAAACAUGGGCAAUGCUUACAAUGCCCUCGGUGCCUUCGACCAGGCCGUUCGCUACCACCGCCAAGAGCUGCAGAUUUCCAUGGAGGUUAACGAUCGCGCCUCACAAGCUUCGACACAUGGGAACCUGGCGGUGGCGUACCAGGCUCUGGGGGCGCAUGAUCGGGCCUUGCAACAUUACCAGAAUCAUCUGAAUAUUGCCCGAGAGUUGAGGGACAUCCAGAGUGAGGCUCGUGCCUUGGGCAACUUGGGUAAUUUCCACUGCUCUCGGGGAGAGUUUCCCCAAGCCGUACCCUACUAUGAACAGUACCUACGGCUUUCCCCGGACUUGCAGGAUAUGGAGAGUGAAGGUAAGGUCUGUCACAACUUGGGAUACGCACACUACUGUCUGGGAAACUUCCAGGAAGCGGUGAAGUACUACGAACAAGAUCUGGCACUUGCUAAGGACCUCCAUGACAAGUUAAGUCAAGCCAAAGCCUACUGUAAUCUGGGCCUGGCCUUCAAGGCUCUUGGCGACUACAGCAAGGCGGAGGAGUGCCAGAAGUACCUUCUUUCCUUGGCGCAGUCACUGAACAACUCGCAGGCUCGAUUCCGCGCCUUGGGCAACCUGGGAGACAUCUUCCUUUGUAAGAAGGACGUUCCCGGAGCCGUCAAGUUUUACGAGCAGCAGUUGUCCUUGGCGCACCAAGUCAAGGAUCGCAAGAUGGAGGCGAAUGCCUACGCUGCAUUGGGAGCCGCCUACCGAAUGCUACAGAAGUUUGACAAGGCCUUAGGGUACCACACCCAGGAGCUGGAGGUGUACCAGGAGCAGGGCGACAUCCCGGGAGAGUGCCAGGCUCAUGGACACCUCGCUGCCGUCUACAUGUCUCUCGGAAAGUACACCAUGGCCUUUAAAUGCUACGAGGAACAGCUUGAGCUCGGCCAGCGACUGAAGGACCCCAGCAUUGAAGCCCAGGUUUACGGUAACAUGGGUAUUACGAAAAUGAACAUGGGAGUAAUGGAGGAGGCCAUUGGCUAUUUUGAGCAACAGUUGGCGAUGUUGCAGCAGCUCAGUGGCAACGAGGCCGUGCUGGACCGUGGUCGUGCUUAUGGGAACUUGGGAGACUGCUAUGAUUCGCUGGGAGAUUUUGAAGAGGCAAUUAAGUACUAUGACCAGUAUCUCUCUGUGGCACAGAGCACACAGGUAAGAAUUCAAAACCAUUUUUGUGUUAUUUCUCAUUUUACACUGGCCCCAAAGGCGAUGGGGAAUCUUCAGCAGUCUCUGGUGUGUUUUGAGAAGAGGUUGGUGGUGGCGCAUGAGCUGGGCGAGUGUGGGGGGAAAGCUCAGGCGUACGGAGAACUGGGCAGCUUGCACAGCCAGCUGGGUAACUACGAGCAGGCCAUCUCCUGCCUGGAGCGGCAGCUCGCCAUCGCCCGCGACACCCAAGAUCGACUGCUGGAGGGCCACGCCAGCUGCGGCCUGGGGGCUGUGUACCAGCUGAUGGGCGAACACGACACAGCCCUUCAGUUUCACCAGCUGGACCUCCAGAUCGCAGAGGAGACGGGCAGCAGCAGCUGUCAGGGACGAGCCUACGGAAACCUGGGACUCACUUACGAGUCGCUGGGUAAUUUCGAGCGUGCCGUGGUGUAUCAGGAGCAGCACCUGAGCAUCGCGGCACAGACCAAUGACCUGGUGGCCAAAACUCUGGCCUACAGCAGCCUAGGACGAACACACCACGCUCUGCAGAACUACUCGCAGUCCGUCAUGUACCUGCAGGAAGGUCUGCGUCUAGCGGAGCAGCUGGGCCGUCGGGAGGAUGAGGCCAAGAUCCGACACCGUCUGGGGCUCUCGCUGUGGGCCAGCGGCAAUCUGGAGGAAUCCCAGCACCAGCUGUACCGUGCGUCGGCUCUGUUCGAGACCAUUCGUCAUGAAGCGCAGCACAGCACCGACUACAAGCUCUCCCUGUUCGACCUGCAGACCUCCUCGUACCAGGCUCUCCAGAGGGUCCUUGUCAGCCUCGGUCACCAUGAUGAAGCUCUGGCCGUGGCGGAGCGUGGACGCACUCGGGCCUUUGCUGACCUGCUGGUGGAGAGACAGACGGGCCAGCAGGACUCUGACCCUUACACGCCCGUGACGGUGGAGCACAUCCUGGACACUGUGAACGGGCAGCGGGCGCUGGUGCUCUACUUCUCUCUGGCGGCAGGAUACCUGUACAGCUGGCUCCUGGCCCCCGGCUCCGGUAUCCUGAAGUUUCAUGAGGUGUAUCUGGGCGAGGGUGCGUCGGAUGGUGGUACAUCAGACUUCCAGGAGGGCGGUGGUGGCUCUGUGCCCGCGGGUGGCAGCUGUGGAGGCUCGUCUCUGGAGCAGCACAUCAGUAACGCGCGGGAAGCUCUGGGAGUGGAUUCAUACUACAGCAGAGCCUGUUCCAGCAGCGAGACGGAGAGCGAAGCUGGAGACCUUUUGGACCAGCAGUUUGAAGAACUCAAUAAUAAACUCAACUCAGUGACCGACCCGACCGGAUUCUUGAGGAUGGUUUCCAGAAACAACCUCUUCAACAGGAGCUGUCAGAGUAUGACGAGUCUCUUCAGUAACACGGUGUCUCCGGUGAAGGAGGGCUCCUCGUCUCUGCCGCGCCGCGCUAGUGCGCUCAGCAAACCCCCGCUACGAGCCCUUUACGACCUGCUCGUCGCCCCGAUGGAGGGGGGUCUGAUGCACUCCAGCGGUCCGGUCGGCAGACACAGACAGCUGGUUCUGGUUCUGGAGGGCGAGUUGUAUCUCAUCCCGUUUGCUCUGCUGAAGGGAAGCUCGUCUAAUGAGUAUCUGUACGAGCGGUUCAGUCUCAUCGCCGUACCGUCCAUCGGCAGUCUGGGGAGCACGGCUAAAGUGCACCCCCGGCGGACCGGUCCAGUUCUGUGUAAUGGAGGAAGCUCUAUGGCCGCAGUGGUGGGGAAUCCUCGGCUGCCGCCAUCGGUGAUGGACCGCUGGCUCUGGGGUCCGAUGCCCACGGCUGAGGAGGAGGCUCACAUGGUGGCUGAUCUCCUGGGCUGUCAGCCGCUGGCCGGUCCCACCGCCACCAAGGAGCGGGUCAUGAGUGCCCUGACGCAGGCCGAGUGCGCUCACUUCGCCACGCACAUCUCCUGGAAGCUGGCGGCUCUGGUCCUCACGCCCAGCCAGGACAGCGGCUCCGGACCGGUGGCAGCGGCUCCCAGCGGAGGAGCAGGAGGCGGAGAGAGCGGAGUCAAAUCCAACUACACCAUCCCAGAGAGUCUGCGCGUGCCGGAUGACGCCAGCGAUGCCGAAAGCAUCUGUGACAGCCCACCGCUGCAGGAGUUCCUGCUCACCGCAGCCGACAUCCUUGACCUCAGGCUGCCCACAAAACUAGUCGUGCUGGGCUCGUACCAGGAGUCGGACGGUAAAGUAACGGCGGACGGGGUGGUGGGUUUGACCAGGGCUUUCCUGGCGGCUGGAGCUCAGUGUGUGCUGGUGUCUCUGUGGCCGGUUCCCGUCGCAGCCUCUAAGAUGUUCAUCCAUGCGUUCUACAGCGCUCUGCUCAACGGCACCAAAGCCAGCGCGGCCCUCGCAGAUGCCAUGAAGACAGUCCAGAGCAGCAAACAGUUCUCUCACCCCUCCAACUGGGCAGGCUUCAUGCUGAUUGGCAGUGAUGUGAAACUGAACAGCCCGUCGUCUCUGAUUGGUCAGGCUCUGGCUGAGAUCCUGCAGUAUCCAGACAAAGGAGAAUAUAUAUCAUCUGUGUUUCUGUGGCUCCCCCAGGUGGAGAAAUCUCUCCAGCGCAUCCAGAAUGGCCAGAGGAACUCCAUGUACACGUCUCAGCAGAGUGUGGAGAAUAAGGUGGGCGGCGUGCCAGGCUGGCAGGCUCUGCUGACCGCGGUGGGAUUCAGGCUGGAUUCGGCUGGAACGGGCCUCCCUGCGGCGGUCUUCUUCCCCACCACUGACCCCGGAGACCGACUCCAGCAAUGCAGCACCACCCUACAGUCACUGCUGGGUUUGCCUCCUCCUGCUCUGCAGGCCUUGUGUAAACUGAUCACAGCGUCAGAAACCGGAGAACAGCUGAUCAACCGGGCUGUUAAAAAUGUAGUGGGAAUGCUCCAUCAGGUUUUGGUGCAGCUUCAGUCUGGAGAGAAGGAGCAGGAUUUCUCUCUCGCACCCAUCCAGGUGUCCAUCAGCGUGCAGCUCUGGAGACUUCCUGGCUGCCAUGAGUUCCUGGCCGCUCUGGGGUUUGACCUGUGUGAGGUCGGUCAGGAGGAGGUGGUGUUGAAGACGGGCAAACAGGCCAACCGUCGCACCAUGCACUUUGCCCUGCAGUCACUGCUGGCACUGUUUGACUCUACUGAGCUGCCGAAGCGUCUGAGUCUGGACAGUUCAUCGUCUCUGGAGUCUCUGGCCUCGGCACAGUCUGUGUCCCACCAGCUGCCUAUGGGUUACCCCAACCCUCCCUUCUCCCCUCCAUGCCCUGACAGCCUGGCCUCUGAUGCCAUCUCCGUCUACAGCCUGAGCUCCAUCGCCUCUUCCAUGAGCUUCCUAUCCCGUCCCGAAGGCGCGUCUGACUUCAUCAGCCAGCGCUCGCGGCAGCAGGAACUAGAGCGCCAUCGGGGCGGGGCCGGGCUGUUCGCAUCCCACCGGCACACGGCGGUGCCCCGCAGUCGCUCGUCCCCGCAUGGAGCCGUAGGAGGGCACGAUGAUGAAGAGUAUGAAGGAUACAGUAUAAUCAGCAGCGAGCCGUUAGGUAACCAAUGCGACACACUCCCUCGUCCCGCAAACCACAGGAACCAUCGGGGGGCUGCAUGCGGCGGGACCGGCAGGGGUUACGCGGUGACUGUGUCCUCUAGGGGAAGCGUCAGCACCCCGACGUCUCCGGUCAAAGCCACCCUGGUUCCCAGUCCCAACUCGCCCUUCCAGAAGGUCGGGAAGGUGAGCAGCUCCGACACGGGCGAAUCCGAUCAAUCCAGCACAGAGACAGACAGCACUGUGAAGUCCCAAGAGGAGCGUACGCCCGGAGCGGCUUUGGACCCACAAGAACUGGCACAGAAGAUCCUAGAAGAAACGCAAAGCCACAUGCGGGCCGUCGAGACUUUGCAGAGAAGCACUGGGAGCAUCCCACUGGGCGACGGGAUGGGCAGCGGAGGCCCCCCGACCCCAACCGGAGGGUCUGCUUUCCGUUCCUCGGAGACAAGCGCGUUCAGUCGCCCUAGUAGCCGGGCGAGCAUCAAGGCACAGUCGUCUCCGCUCCCGACGCGCCCCAAACCACCCUCUCGUACGUCAUCCCUACAGAAGGUCAGCUCGGGAUACAACAGCCCCGCUACGUCUGAGACGUCCCUAAAGGAAGGCAGCCAACCGUCGCCGACUUCCGACAGUCACGCCCAGUUUAAACUCAAGUAUCCCAGCUCGCCCUACAGCGGCCACAUCUCCCGCUCACCCAGCAACGUCUCACCCAGCUCAGGCCACCAGUCACCGGCCGGCAGCGCUCCCUCUCCGGCGUUGUCCUACUCCUCGACAGGCUCGACGCGCUCCAGUCCAGCGGAUGCUCCAGAUAUUGACCGACUCAAAUUGGCCGCUAUAGACGAAAAAGUUCAAGCGAUCCACAAUCUCAAGACCUUCUGGGCCAGCGCCACCCAACAGCAGCACUCGGGACCAAUGCGGGCGCUCCGCGGCGGGAAACUGAGCACCGCCAAACGAGAUGUCCUGGGCCUUCUGAACCUCUCGCCCCGACACAGUAUGACGGGACAGGAUACACAUGGCCAGGAUGUGGCGCUCGAGCACAGAAAUCCACCCAACGGCCAUCGCAAGAUCGAUCCCAAGAGAGUCGCACCUUCUCCGACGGCGUCCACCGGCAGCAGUCCAGGGUCGCAUCCCAUCCGACUGCCUUCGGGGAACGGAUACAAGUUCCUAUCGCCGGGACGGUUCUUCCCUUCAUCUAAAUGUUGAGAUUCUGUCCCUCAGUGACUGGCUUCUCUUGAUAAAGGAGUAUUUAGAGUAUUUAUGACUCUUGAAAACAGUGAAAAGGACAGUCUGGGCGAGGAAGUGCACAUUCCCAGAAGCCUCAAACUGCCUACUGUUUUAUUUUCCCGUGCAGAGAGCAUAUAAUCCUUAUGCUUCCACCUACACUGUAAAGGACCAUUUAUAUAUGCAGACUGAUCUUAGACUUGCGCAAGGCAUGUCAGACAAAAUAAAAAAAAGGAAAAAAAAAGAAGAGAUAAUACCAAAAUGGUAUUCCAACAAAAAGACAAAAAGGCUCGCUGUUUGUGUUAGUGAAGAUGAUGCGGCUUUGACUGGUUUUCUUUUUUUUUUUCCGUUUUUUUCUUUUUUUUUUUUUUUAAUAUAAUUAUUGUUAUUGUUAUUAUUAUUAUUAUGGAUGGUAAUUGUUAUUACAGUUAUUUGUUUUGUAAAUUAAAUCAACGUUUUGCAAUCAGUAUUAUACGUUUUUAUAUUGUUAAAGAAGCAAACCAUGCACACAAAAAGUUGAAAAAACAUUUUCAUAGUUUUAUUGAGAUGGUGACGAUGCACCUGACCUGACUUCUAUGUGAAUUGAGUGUCAGUAUUACAGCAUGGGUUCUCUUGCUCUCCAGUGAUUCAGUGUCUUUUUAACAGAGAUUUUGCAUAGGUGGACUCUCAUCCAGACAUAUCUCAGUCAUUUCUCAGUAAAAUGGUCUCAAUAAAAAGUUUAAUUUA